AUGGAAGCAGUCGCCGAACACGAUUUCCAGGCCGGAUCAAACGAUGAGUUGUCUUUCAAGCGAGGAAAUAUUCUGAAGGUGCUGAACAAAGACGAAGACCCUCACUGGUACAAAGCAGAACUCGAUGGCAACGAGGGAUUCAUUCCAUCCAACUACAUCCGGAUGACAGACUGCAACUGGUACCUCGGAAAAAUCACGCGAAACGACGCCGAAGUCUUGCUCAAAAAACCAAAUGUUCGUGAUGGUCACUUCUUGGUUCGCCAGUGUGAAAGCAGUCCCGGAGAAUUCUCGAUCAGUGUCAGAUUCCAAGAUUCCGUUCAGCACUUCAAAGUAUUGCGCGAUCAGAAUGGAAAAUACUAUCUAUGGGCGGUCAAAUUCAACUCGUUGAACGAACUUGUAACAUACCACAGAACGGCCUCUGUCUCGCGGACCCACACAAUUCUGCUGGCGGAUAUGAACGUCGAGACCAAAUUCGUGCAAGCGCUAUUCGAUUUCAAUCCACAGGAAAGCGGAGAGCUGGCGUUCAAGAGAGGAGAUGUCAUUACAUUGAUCAACAAAGAUGAUCCAAACUGGUGGGAAGGACAACUAAACAACCGCCGUGGAAUCUUUCCCUCCAACUACGUGUGUCCGUACAACAGCGCCAAAAGCAACACAAACGUGACACCCGCUGCAGGAAUGACAUUUGCAACAUAG